UGUCAAUAACAUAUAGGUUUAUGAGAUUUACAGAUCAUUGCAUUCUGUUUUUAUUUAUAUUUAUUUACAUUUUACACAGCGUCCCAACUAUUUCGGAACUGGGGUUGUAAAUGACUGUUGACAUAGCAUUGAAAAAGAAGCCGUGAGAAGGCUCUGGCAGAUGGGCUGGUCAGUGUUUUGAUUCAGGUCUCUGUACAUCCUUGUGUGAGGAUUUUCUCACCUGUGCUUCUGGUUUAUAUAUUACUAAUACGCUGAGUUCUCAACAUUUUGUGAUAACAGCAUGAUUAAUCAUUCACUGAAUCAGCACUAGCCUCAAAGUUCACACUCUUUGUCUAUGGCAUUUUUAAAAUGACAUCUGCACCUGAGCUGGUGACAGGCACAGCCGAGUCGGGACAGAAUGGGAAGUUUACGCUGGAGAUCGCUGAUAUUGUGGUUGUGGUGGUCUACUUUAUAUUUGUGCUAGCAGUGGGAAUAUGGUCAUCUGUCAGAGCCAACAAGGGAACCAUUGGAGGAUACUUCUUAGCAGGCAGAUCCAUGACAUGGUGGCCAAUUGGAGCUUCUUUGAUGUCCAGUAAUGUUGGCAGUGGCUUGUUCAUUGGAUUAGCAGGCACUGGGGCAGCAGGGGGAAUCGCUGUGGGGGGAUUUGAGUGGAAUGCAGCAUGGGUCCUCAUUGCUUUGGGCUGGUUCUUUGUGCCUGUGUACAUUUCCGCUGGAGUCGUCACCAUGCCUGAAUAUCUCAGGAAGAGGUUUGGAGGCCAGCGCAUUCGGAUCUACAUGAGUGUUCUGUCUCUCAUUCUCUACAUCUUCACCAAGAUAUCAACAGACAUUUUCUCUGGAGCGCUAUUCAUUCAGGUGUCACUGGGUUGGGACCUGUACCUCUCCACUGUAGUGCUGCUUGCAGUCACAGCACUCUAUACUAUUGCUGGUGGAUUGACAGCUGUGAUUUACACUGACGCUCUGCAGACUGUCAUCAUGGUAGUUGGAGCAUUUGUUCUCAUGUUCAUAGCAUUUGAUAAAGUGGGCUGGUACCAGGGCUUGCUGGAGCAGUAUGAGAAAGCUGUACCUUCUCUCAUUGUUCCUAACACUACGUGUCACCUCUCUCGCCCUGACGCCUUCCACAUCUUCCGUGACCCGGUCAGUGGUGAUCUGCCAUGGCCUGGCCUGCUCUUUGGGCUCACCGUGCUGGCUACAUGGGUGUGGUGCACUGACCAGGUGAUAGUACAGAGGUCCCUCUCUGCUAAAAACCUGUCACAUGCUAAAGGAGGCUCAGUGCUGGGUGGCUACCUGAAGAUCCUCCCCAUGUUCUUCAUCGUCAUGCCAGGAAUGAUCAGCAGAGCACUCUACCCAGAUGAAGUGGGAUGUGUGGAUCCUUCUGAGUGCUUUAAGAUAUGUGGAGCUACUGUGGGAUGUUCCAACAUUGCCUAUCCUAAACUGGUGGUGGAGUUAAUGCCAGUAGGUAUGCGAGGCCUGAUGAUUGCAGUGAUGAUGGCUGCUCUCAUGUCCUCCCUCACUUCUAUAUUUAACAGCAGUAGCACCCUCUUCACUAUGGACAUUUGGCUGCGUAUGAGACGGCAGGCAUCUGAGAAUGAGCUCAUGGUCGUGGGCAGGGUAUUUAUUUUAUUCUUGGUGGUCCUGAGCAUCUUAUGGAUUCCAGUUAUUCAGUCAGCCAACAGUGGACAGCUGUUCAACUACAUUCAGUCCAUAACCAGUUACUUGGCCCCUCCGAUCACUGCCGUCUUCCUGAUGGCCAUCUUCUGGGGUCGCAUAAACGAACAAGGAGCAUUCUGGGGGCUGAUGGUAGGUUUGGUGAUUGGUCUUGUACGCAUGGUAAUGGAGUUUGGCUAUGGUACUCCUUCCUGUGGAGAGAAGGACCUGAGACCUCCCAUGCUGAAAGAUGUGCACUACCUGUACUUUGCUCUUAUACUGCUCCUACUGACAGCACUAGUCAUUACAGCAGUCAGCCUCUGCACUUCUCCUAUUCCAGAGCAACAUCUUAUCCGUCUAACCUGGUGGACAAGACAUAGCAAGAAGGAGCGUGUAGAUCUGGAGGACCCGUGGGCAGCCUCACCCUCAUCAGCACACUCUCCCCCUGCUUCUGACCCGGAGGUGAAGAUGGAAAGGACUGGGUGGUGGAGACGAGUGGGAAUGUGGCUGUGUGGACUGUCUGAAGCUCCCAAACCAGAGCUAAGCAGAGAGGAACAGCUGGCUAUGGAGAAAAAGCUGACUAGCAUUGAAGAGGAACCCAUCUGGAGAAAUGUUUGCAAUAUCAAUGCCAUCAUUCUACUUGCUGCCAAUGUAUUUCUUUGGGGCUACUUUGCUUAAGAAGAGCAGACUGAAGAGAAUUCUUCAGGCAUGACAUUCAUCUGAAAAGGCUAAAACAAAAAACUUCACCUUUGUUCGUGUGCUGGACGUUUGUUGAAUUAGUUGUAGUUGUUCGGCAAACGUUGCAUUUUUUCUUUCAAUUUUAUUUGUAACAUCAAGAAGUUAAUAAACAACAUGGAAUUCAACUUAAACCUUGUGGAUAAUGGAUCUAUAAACAAAGGAAGAGUCUACAACACUCAGGCCAAGAGAUGACUAAAUGGACAAUUUGUUUAAGGAUAGUCACUACAGAAAUAAUUACAAACUAAACCCCAUCCACUCUUUUUGUCACACUAACCUUGUGAAGAACUAGAACCUUGUGUUAAUUUUAUGUAUUUAUUACUGAAUGGCUUUUCAUUUAAGGGUCCGCUUAAGUAAUUGAAAGAAAAAAUGCAAUGUUUGCCGAACAACUACAAGUAAUUCAACAAACGUCCAGCACACAAACAAAGGUGAAGUUCUAAAGACUCACCUGCUCCCAGCAGGCCACCAUUCAACAAGCAACACCUGGGAUUUUCAGGCAUCACCUCACCUACAGAGGGCACACAAUUAUAGAAAUACAAGUCAUAAUACAACAAAAUUAAUAAAUGGUUUCUACAAUAUCUGUAAUGUUGGUUUACUUUAAUUAGGUUGUGCAAAAGUUUCCCAGUGAAGUGCUAAAGGAGGGAAAAUAGAUGUUCACAAGUUAGACAGAUUUUCCUGGUGAGGCUACAGCACCAUUUUGUUCAUUAGGAGGUCACGUUUCUAAAAUUACACCAUUUGGGAUUCUGUAACACAAUUUCUCAGUUAAAGCCCAAAGGCAUUUGUACAUAUUUUGUAGCUAACAACUAACCAACACACUUUUUGCUCUUUUACGGCUUUUCAAAUGUAAGGAGGUGAGACUCUUGUCUUCCCAGAUGGCAGGGAGAUUUGUAAGAAGAUUCAACUCCAAUUCUUACAUAUGUCAAAUGUUUAAAUGAUUUUAAAUAAAUGUCACCUGAAUUUCA